GUGAAUUCCUACAGGAUAUUAGAAGCACCUUGAGCAGGUGUGAGAAGGACAUGUUCCAGCAGCCAGACAAGAUUUCUCCUGAACUGGAAGAGCGAGUCAGUGGUUUCUCCCAGAAAACUAUUGUGAUAUUGAAGGCUCUGAGGAAGUUCAAAGACACUCUGCCGUCUGCACUGGAGAGAAAAAGAGGGGAACCACUCGGAGCACACAGACGAACAGGGGCUGCUAACAGAGAGUUUCGCAAGGGAGUUCUCCAGGUGAAGGAGGAGCAAAUACAGCAUCUGUGGGUGAAUGUGACUCUGGAUUCAGACACGGCUCAUCCCAACCUCAUCCUGUCUGAGGAUCGGAAAUAUGUGAGAUGGGGAGACACGUGGCAGGAUCUGCCCAAGAACCAUGAGAGAUUUGACACUGUGGUGUGUGUGCUGGGCUGUGAGAGAUUCACCUCGGGUUUGUAA